CCCUGACUGUACCCCUGGACCCCGGCCAGCUGGGGCUCAGCCUCACCAAAGCUGCUCAGUUCUCCAGGCUCCAGUCUCGGCAAGGCUGCGGGAGGAGUUUGUCCGCUUGCUCUGUCCUGCAGAGUCCAGACCCUCCGCCCCGGUGGGCAAGGCUGCAGGGAGAAGCUGAGGCGCAGCAAAAGGAAAACAUGCUUCUGGUCCAACAGAACUGAAUCCAGAAGCCAGGGACACUCACCUUCAAGUUGCUCAGGGUUCAAACUUGGUGCUUAAACAAAUUCAGAAUGAGGAAACAUCGACAUUUGCCCUUGGUGGCCACCUUCUGCCUCUUUCUCUCAGGCUUUUCCACGACGUAUGCACAAGCAGAUGUCAAAAAUGGUGCCGCUGCCGAUAUAAUAUUUCUAGUGGAUUCCUCUUGGAGCAUUACAAAGGAACAUUUCCAACUGGUUCGAGAAUUUCUGUAUGAUGUUAUAGAAUCUUUAGCUGUGGGAGAAAAUGAUUUUCAUUUUGCUCUGGUCCGGUUCAACGGAGACCCACAUACUGAGUUCCUGUUAAAUACGUAUCGUACUAAACAAGAAGUCCUUUCCCAUAUUUCCAACAUGUCCUAUAUCGGGGCCAGCAAUCAGACCGGAAAAGGAUUAGAGUACGUAAUUCAGAAGCACCUCACUGAGGCUGCCGGAAGCCGGGCCGCAGCCGGAGUCCCCCAGGUUAUCGUAGUGUUAACCAGUGGACCCUCGGAGGACGGCUUCGCUCUGCCCUCAGCGGAACUUAAGUCAGCUGGCCUUAACGUGUUUGCAGUUGGAGUUGAGGAUGCAGAUGAAGGAGCCCUAAGAGAAAUAGCAAGUGAACCACUCAAUAUGCAUGUUUUCAACCUAGAGAACUUUACCUCCCUUCAUGACAUAGUGGGAAACUUAGUGUCCUGUGUGCACUCAUCCCUGAGUCCUUCGAGGGCUGGGGACACGGAGACCCUUAAGGACAUCACAGCACAAGACUCUGCUGACAUUAUUUUCCUUAUUGACGGAUCAAACUACACCGGAAGCUCCAAUUUCGCAGUCAUUCUCAACUUCCUUGUAAAUCUCCUUGAGAGACUCUCAAUUGGACUUCAGCAGAUCCGAGUGGGGGUGGUCCAGUAUAGUGAUGAGCCCAGAACCAUGUUCUCCUUGAAUAUCUACUCCUCCAAGGCUCAGGUUCUGGCUGCAGUGAAGGACCUGAAGUUUACUGGUGGGGAGUUGGCUAACAUCGGCCAGGCCCUUGACUUUGUGGUAGAGAAUCACUUCACCAGGGCAGGGGGCAGCCGAGUAGAGGAAGGGGUUCCCCAGGUGCUGGUCCUCAUUAGUGCUGGGCCUUCUAGUGACCAGGUCCACGACGGGGUGGUAGCUCUGAAGCAGGCUAGUGUGUUUUCAUUUGGCCUCGGAGUCCAGGCAGCCUCCAGGGCAGAGCUUCAGCACAUAGCUACCGAGGAGAGCUUGGUGUUUAUGGUCCCGGAAUUCCGUAGCUUUGGGGACCUCCAGGAGCAAUUACUGCCGUACAUUGUUGGUGUGGCCCAAAGACACAUUGUGUUACAACCGCCAACCAUUGUCACACAAGUUAUCGAAGUCAACAAAAGGGACAUAGUCUUCCUGGUGGAUGGCUCAUCCAAACUGGGGCUGGCCAACUUCAAUGCCAUCCGAGACUUCAUUGGCAAAGUCAUCCAGAGGCUGGAAAUCGGACAGGACCUCAUCCAAGUGGCAGUGGCUCAGUAUGCAGACACUGUCAAGCCUGAGUUUUAUUUCAAUACCUACCCCAGCAAAAGGGAAGCCGUCAGUGCGGUGCGGAGAAUGAAGUCCAUGGAGGGCCCAGCCCUGAACACGGGCUCUGCCCUGGACUUCGCUCGCAACAACCUGUUCAUCAGCUCAGUCGGCUCCAGGGCUGCUGAGGGCGUCCCUAAACUCCUGGUGCUGAUCACAGGCGGUAAGUCCCUGGACGCCAUCAGCCAGCCCGCCCAGGAGCUCAAGAGGAGCGGCAUCCUGGCCUUUGCCAUUGGGAACAAGGUCGCCGAUCGGGCGGAGCUGGAAGAGAUCGCUUUCGAUUCCUCCCUGGUGUUCACCCCCGCUGAAUUCCGAGCUGCCCCCUUGCAAGGCAUCCUGCCCAGCCUGCUGUCUCCUCUCAGGACCCUCUCAGGAACCACUGAAGUUCACGUAAACAAAAGGGAUAUCAUCUUCCUUUUGGAUGGAUCAGUCAACGUUGGAAAAACCAAUUUCCCUUAUGUGCGUGACUUUGUAAUGAACCUAGUUAACAGCCUUGAUGUUGGAAGUGACAACAUCCGUGUUGGUUUAGUGCAAUUUAGUGACACUCCCGUGACGGAGUUCUCUCUAGACACAUACCAGACCAAGGCUGAGUUGCUCGCUCACCUGCGGGGCUUGCAGCUGCAGGGGGGCACGGGCCUGAACACAGGCUCAGCCCUCGGCUAUGUCCAUGCCAACCACUUCACCGAGGCUGGCGGCAGCAGGAUCCGCCAACAUGUGCCGCAGCUGCUGCUCCUGCUCACGGCCGGGCAGUCUCAGGACUCUUAUUUGCAAGCUGCCAACCGGCUGGCACGCGCGGGCAUCCUGACCUUUUGCGUGGGGGCCAGCCGGGCGAAUAAGGCAGAGCUCGAGCAGAUUGCCUUUAACCCGAGCCUGGUGUACCUCAUGGACGAUUUCAGCUCCCUGCCAGCUCUGCCGCAGCAGCUGAUUCAGCCCCUAACCACUUAUGUUAGUGGCGGGGUGGAGGAAGUGCCACUCGCCCAGCCAGAAAACAAGCGAGACAUCCUGUUCCUCUUUGAUGGUUCUGCCAACCUCGUGGGCCAGUUCCCCGCUGUCCGUGAUUUCCUCUACAAGAUCAUUGAGGAACUGGACGUGAAGCCUGAUGGGAUCCGGGUGGCCGUGGCUCAGUACAGCGACGAUGUCAAGCUGGAGUCCCGCUUCAACGAGCACACAGCCAAGCCAGAGAUCCUGAACCUGGUGAAAAGAAUGAAGAUCAAGACGGGGAAAGCCCUGAACCUGGGCUACGCCCUGGACUUCGCUCAGAGGUACAUCUUCGUGAAGUCCAUGGGCAGCCGCAUCGAGGACGGAGUGAUGCAGGUCCUGGUGCUGCUGGUGGCAGGGAGGUCGUCGGACUCCGUGGAUGUGUCAGCGAGAAACUUGAAGCAGAGUGGCGUGGUCCCCUUCAUCUUCCAAGCCAAGAAUGCAGACCCUGCCGAGCUGGAGCAGAUCGUGCUUUCCCCCGCGUUCAUCCUGGUGGCAGAGUCACUUCCCAAGAUUGGAGACCUGCAGCCCCAGAUCGUCAACCUCUUAAAGUCAGUGUACAACGGAGGCCAGCCACCAGCUUCAGGUGAGAAGGACGUGGUGUUCCUGAUCGAUGGCUCCGAGGGUGUCCGGAGUGGCUUCGCGCUGCUGAAGGACUUCGUGGAGAGGCUGGUGCAGAGCCUGGAUGUGGGCCCCGACCGCGUCCGAGUUGCCGUGGUGCAGUACAGCGACCGCACCCGGCCCGAGUUCUACCUGAACUCCUUCAUGGACCAGCAGGGCGUCAUCAGCGCCAUCCGCAGGCUGAACCUGCUGGGCGGGCCGACGCCCAACACCGGGGCAGCCUUGGACUUUGUCCUGAAGAACAUCCUGACCAGGUCCGCGGGGAGCAGGAUGGAGGAUGGCGUCCCCCAGCUCCUGAUCGUGCUCACGGCUGAGAGGUCUGGGGACGACGUGAGGGUCCCCUCAGCAGUGCUAAAGAGGGGUGGGGCGGUGCCCAUGGGCAUUGGCAUCGGCAAUGCCGACAUCUCGGAGAUGCAGACCAUAUCCUUCAUCCCAGACUUCGCAGUGGCCAUCCCCACCUUCCGGGAGCUGGGGACCGUGCAGCAGGUCAUCUCUGAGAGGGUGACCCAGCUCAACCGCGAGGAGCUGAGCAGGCUGCAGCCCAUUUUUCUGCCCCCAACGAGCCCAGGUGGUGUCAAGAGGGACGUGGUCUUCCUCAUUGAUGGGUCUCAAACUGCUGGCCCAGAGUUCCAGUACAUCCGAGGCUUCAUCGAGAGGCUGGUGGAUUACCUGGACGUGGGCUUUGAGACCACGCGGGUGGCUGUCAUCCAGUUCAGCGAGGACCCCAAGGUGGAGUUCCUGCUCAACGCCCACGCCAGCAAGGAUGAGGUGCAGAAUGCCGUGCGGCGGCUGCGGCCCAAGGGCGGCACUCAGGUCAACGUGGGGAGUGCCCUGGAGUACGUGUCCAGGAACAUCUUCAAGAGGCCGCUGGGCAGCCGCAUAGAAGAAGGCGUCCCGCAGUUCCUGGUGCUCAUCUCAUCCAGGAAGUCUGACGAUGAGGUGGGCGACUCGGCAGUGGAGCUGAAGCAGUUUGGCGUGGCCCCUUUCACCGUGGGCAGGAACGCAGACCAGGAGGAGCUGGUUAAGAUCUCGCUGAGCCCUGAGUAUGUGUUCUCAGUCAGCACCUUCAGGGAGCUGCCCAGCCUGGAGCAGAAGCUGCUGACGCCCAUCACCACUCUCACCGCCCAGCAGAUCCAGCAAAUCCUGGCCAGCGCCCACUACCCUCCACCAGAGAGCGACGCGGCCGACAUCGUCUUCCUCAUCGACAGCUCUGACGGCGUUAGAAGUGAUGGGCUCGCGCACAUCCGAGACUUUGUGAGCAGGAUUGUGCAAAGACUCAACAUCGGUCCCAACAAAGUGAGGAUCGGCCUUGUGCAGUUCAGCAAUGAGGUUUUCCCUGAGUUCCUCCUGAAGACCCACAGAUCCCAGGCUGCCGUGCUGGGUGCUGUCCGGCGUCUGAGGUUCCGGGGUGGAGCUCCACUGAAUGCUGGCAAAGCUCUGGAGUAUGUGGCAAAAAACCUCUUUGUUAAGUCUGCUGGGAGCCGGAUAGAAGAUGGGGUGCCUCAACACCUGGUCCUGCUUCUGGGUGGAAAAUCUGAGGAUGAUGUUUCCAGUUUCGCCCGGAUCAUAAGUUCCUCAGGGAUCGCGAGUUUAGGAAUUGGAAGUCGGAAUGUCGACCGAACAGAGCUGCAGACCAUCACCAGCGACCCCAGGCUGGUCUUUACAGUGCGAGAGUUCAGAGAGCUUCCCAGCAUAGAGGAGAAAGUCAUAGGCUCUUUUGGAUCCUCUGGAGCUACCCCAGUACCUCCGAUAUUCACCCCUCCUCCCUCGAGGCCAGAGAAGAAGAAAGCAGACAUCGUGUUCCUGCUGGACGGUUCCAUCAAUUUCAGGAGGGACAAUUUCCAGGAAGUGCUCCGUUUUGUGUCUGAAAUCGUAGACACGGUUUAUGAAGAUGGUGACUCCAUCCAGGUGGGGCUGGUCCAAUACAACUCUGACCCCACGGACGAGUUCUUCCUAAAGGACUUUUCCUCCAAGAGCCAGAUUAUCGAUGCCAUCAACAAAGUGGUCUACAAGGGGGGACGGCACGCCAACACCAGAGUGGGCCUCCAGCACCUGCAGCUCAAUCACUUCGUGCCCGACGCAGGCAGCCGGCUGGAUCAGAGGGUCCCCCAGAUUGCCUUUGUGAUCACGGGAGGAAAGUCAGUGGAGGAUGCCCAGGAUGUCAGCCUGGCGCUCACCCAGAGAGGCGUCAAAGUGUUUGCGGUAGGAGUACGGAACAUCGACUCCGAGGAGGUUGGGAAGAUCGCAUCCAACAGCGCCACGGCCUUCCGCGUGGGGAAUGUGCAGGAGCUGUCGGAACUGAGCGAGCAGGUUUUGGAAACAUUGCAUGAUGCCAUGCAUGAGAUCUUGUGUCCUGGUUUGGCCGAUGUGUCCAAAGCCUGUAAUCUGGAUGUGAUCCUGGGAUUUGAUGGAUCCAGAGAUCAGAACAUAUUUGUGGCCCAGAAGGGCUUUGAGUCCAAGGUGGAUACCAUCCUGAGCAGAAUCAGCCAGAUGCAGAGGAUCAGCUGCAGCGGCAGCCAGAUGCCCACUGUGCGUGUGUCGGUGGUAGCCAAUGUGCCUUCUGGACCGGUGGAGGCCUUUGACUUUGAUGAGUAUCAGCCAGAGCAGUUUGAAAAAUUCCGCAACAUGCGUAGCCAGCACCCCUACGUCCUCACGGCUGACACGCUGCAGGUCUACCAGAAUAAGUUCAGGCAGUCCUCGCCAGACAGUGUGAAGGUGGUCAUUCAUUUCACUGACGGCGCGGAUGGAGACCUGGCAGCUUUACACAGCGCGUCGGAGGCACUCCGAGAGGAAGGUGUCCACGCGAUGAUCCUGGUGGGCCUGGAACGCGUGGCCAACCUGGAGCAGCUGGCGCAUCUGGAGUUCGGGCGGGGCUUCCUGUACGACAGGCCCCUGCGGCUUAACCUCCUGGACCUGGAUUAUGAGCUGGCUGAGCAGCUGGGCAAUAUUGCUGAGAAAGCUUGCUGCGGGGUUCCGUGCAAAUGCUCCGGAGAAAGAGGAGACCGAGGGCCCAUUGGCAGCAUCGGGCCAAAGGGCAUUGCAGGGGAAGAUGGCUACCGAGGUUACCCCGGCGACGAGGGCGGACCUGGUGAGCGAGGUCCACCUGGUGUGAAUGGCACGCAGGGCUUCCAGGGCUGCCCGGGCCAGAGAGGAGUGAAGGGCUCUCGAGGUUUCCCAGGAGAAAAGGGUGAACUCGGAGAGAUUGGGCUGGACGGCCUGGAUGGCGAGGAUGGAGACAAGGGGCUGCCUGGUUCUUCUGGAGAGAAGGGAAGCCCUGGCCGAAGGGGUGACAAAGGACCUAAGGGAGACAAGGGAGAGAGAGGAGACGUGGGCAUCCGAGGUGACCCGGGUGAGUCUGGACAGGACAGCCAACAGAGAGGACCCAAAGGAGAGACGGGAGACCUCGGCCCCAUGGGUCUCCCUGGGAGGGACGGCGUGUCCGGAAGUCCUGGAGAAACUGGGAAGGAUGGCGGCUUUGGCCGAAGGGGACCCGCGGGAGCUAAGGGCAACAGGGGUGGUCCUGGCCAGUCGGGCUUCCCGGGAGAGCAGGGCACCAGAGGCGCACAGGGUCCCCCUGGCCUCAUUGGCCCUCCAGGCCUGAGUGGGGAGCAAGGCAUCCCUGGACCUCGGGGAGGCGGAGGAACCGUCGGGGCUCCCGGAGAACGCGGCAGAACCGGCCCCUUGGGAAGGAAGGGUGAGCCCGGAGACCCAGGACCCAAGGGAGGAGUGGGGAGCCGCGGCCCUCGUGGGGAGACGGGAGACGACGGGCGAGACGGAGUGGGCAGCGAAGGUCGCAGAGGCAAAAAGGGAGAAAGAGGAUUCCCGGGGUACCCAGGGCCGAAGGGUACACCUGGUGAGCCUGGAGUGGACGGAGCACCAGGACCCAAGGGCGUCAGAGGGCGAAGGGGAAAUUCAGGACCUCCUGGGAUAGUUGGACAGAAAGGAGACCCCGGCUACCCAGGACCAUCUGGUUCCAAGGGCAACCGCGGCGACUCCAUCGAUCAAUGUGCCCUUAUCCAAAGCAUCAAGGAUAAAUGCCCUUGCUGCUAUGGGCCCCUGGAGUGCCCCGUCUUCCCUACGGAGCUCGCCUUCGCCCUGGACACUUCGGAGGGCGUCACCCAGGACAUCUUCAGCCGCAUGCGAGACGUGGUCCUGAGCAUCGUGGGCAACCUGACCAUCGCCGAGAGCAACUGCCCAAGGGGGGCCCGCGUGGCCCUGGUCACCUACAACAACGAGGUGACCACGGAGAUCCGGUUUGCGGACUCCAGGAAGAAGUCGGCCCUGCUGGACAGCAUUAAGAACCUCCAGGUGGCCCUGACAUCCAAGCAGCAGAGUCUGGAGACCGCCAUGUCCUUUGUGGCCAGAAACACGUUCAAGCGUGUCAGGAAUGGGUUUCUCAUGCGGAAGGUGGCCGUUUUCUUCAGCAACAGGCCCACGAGGGCGACCCCACAGCUGCGCGAGGCUGUGCUCAAGCUGUCAGACGCGGGCAUCACACCUCUGUUCCUCACCAGCCAGGAGGACCGGCCGCUCAUCAACGCUUUGCAGAUCAACAACACGGCGGUGGGGCACGUGCUGGUCCUGCCCGCGAGGAGGGACCUCAACGACUUCCUGAAGAACGUCCUCACGUGCCACGUGUGCUUGGACAUCUGCAACAUUGACCCAUCCUGUGGAUUUGGCAGCUGGAGGCCUUCCUUCCGGGACAGGAGAGCGGCAGGCAGCAAUGCGGACAUUGACCUGGCAUUCAUCUUGGACAGCUCAGAGACGACCAGCCUGUUCCAGUUCAACGAGAUGAAGAAGUACAUCGGCUACGUGGUCAGGCAGCUGGACCUGAGCCCUGACCCUGGGGCCUCCCAGCACCUUGCCAGGGUGGCCGUGGUGCAGCACACACCCUACGAGUCCCUGGGCAAUGCCAGCGUACCGCCCGUGCGGGUGGAGCUGUCCCUGACAGACUACGGCUCCAAGGAGAAGCUGCUGGACUUCCUGGGCCGUGGAAUGACGCAGCUGCAGGGAGCCAGGGCCCUGGGCAGCGCCAUCGAAUACACCAUCCAGCACGUGUUUGAGAGUGCGGCAAACCAGCGGGACCUGAAGGUCAUGGUGCUGAUGCUGACGGGUGAGGUGCGGGACGAGCAGCUGGAGGAGGCCCAGAGAGCCAUCCUGCAGGCCAAGUGCAGGGGCUACUUCUUCGUGGUCCUGGGCAUUGGCCGGAAGGUGAAUGUCAAGGAGACGUAUGGCUUUGCCAGCGAGCCCAACGACGUCUUCUACAAACUUGUCGAUAAAUCCACUGAGCUCAACGAGGAGCCGCUGAUGCGCUUCGGGAGGCUUUUACCAUCCUUCAUUGGCAGUGAGAAUGCUUUUUACCUGUCCCCAGACAUCACGAAGCAGUGUGACUGGUUCCAAGGGGACCAACCAGCAAAGAAUGGUGUAAAGUUUGGUCACAAACAAGUAAAUGUUCCAAAUAAUGUUACUUCAAGUCUUACAACCAAGCCAGUGACCACAACGAGGCCAGUGACCACAACGAAACCGGUGACCACCACCACAAAACCAGCAACUAUUGUAAAUCUGCCACCUGCUAAGCCGGCUGCUGCAAACCCAGCUGCCACAAAGCCCCUGGCUGCAAACCCAGCUGCCACAAAGCCCCUGGCUGCAAACCCAGCUGCCACAAAGCCCCUGGCUGCAAACCCGGCUGCCACAAAACCCGUAGUUGCAAAUCCGGCUGCCACAAAGCCCCUGGCUGGCAACCCAGCUGCCACAAAGCCCGUAGCUGCAAACCCGGCUGCCACAAAGCCCCUGGCUGCAAACCCAGCUGCCACAAAGCCCGUAGCUGCAAAUCCGGCUGCCACAAAGCCUGUGGCUAUGAACCCAGCUGCUACAAAGCCUGUAGCUGCCCAGCCUGUGGCAACGAACACAAUCACAAGCAGACCUGCAGCAGUGGCGAAGCCAGUGGCUGCAGUGAAGCCUGCGGCAGCAAAGCCGGCAGCUGUGAGACCCCCGCCCCCUCCAGCAAAGCCAGCUUCCACCAAGCCGGAGGCCCCCAGGACACAAGCCAAAGCAGCUGCUGCCACCAAGCUAGAGGCUUUCCGGCCACAGGCCAAACCAGCAGCCCUCAAGCCAGCCGCUGCUAAUCCCAUGGUGAAGCCUGUGCCUGAAGUCCAGGUGUCUGAGGUCACAGAGAACAGCGCCAGACUCCGCUGGGAGAGGCCUGAGCCCUCCAGCUCUUACUUUUAUGACCUUACUGUCACCUCAGCUCAUGACCAGUCCCUGGUUCUCAGACAGAACCUCACGGUCACUGAGCGUGUCAUUGGCGGCCUGCGGGCGGGACAGACGUACUAUGUGGCGGUGGUCUGCUACCUGAGGUCGCAGGUCCGAGCCGUCUUCCGCGGCACCUUCAGCACGAAGAAAACUCAGCCUCCACCUCCACCACCAGCAAGGCCAGCUUCUAGUGCAAGCAUCAAUCUCAUGGUGAAAACAGAGCACUUGCCUUUUACGGAAACAGAUAUAUGUAAGCUGCCCAAAGACGACGGGACGUGCAGGGACUUUGUGCUAAAGUGGUACUAUGACGUGAAGACAGAAAGCUGUGCGAGGUUCUGGUACGGCGGGUGUGGCGGAAACGAGAACAGAUUUCACUCGCAGCACGAAUGUGAAAAGGUUUGCCCCUCCGGCUCAGUGCUCCCCAAACCCGGAGUCAUCAAUGUGAUGGGAACCUAGGCUGGCUGGCCGCAAUACAUACCUCUGGAGAAGAAGGAGGCAGCCAUUCGUAACUCUUCAUCUUCGUCUUCGUAGAAGGUCCGGGUAGAUUCCCUGGCUCUGUGCCGUUUCAUGCUUUGAUUGACACUCGGACCCAGAGGAAGCCUUCUGCCGCACGACCUGUCAAUUUGGUGCUAAACGUGUCUGUGGAGCCCUGGCUCUCUGUCUCCAGGCAGUUACAUCGUAUACUUUGAAUGUUGUGUAGUAGUUAGCCACUGCUGGUGUGUAUGUGAACACCCCUGGAAGCCCCGGCGCCGUCUGGAGUUUGUGUUGCGCCUGUUCCAGGCAACGCAAGGUCUAGAAAAUUGCCCCUGACGUCCAGCACCUCUAUAUACUUCCGCUUGGUUCAUCCCCCUUACUUAAGCGCAACUUUAGAUGGAGGAACGAGAGUCCCACACUUUCACCCCCACACCCAGUUUCCUGGGUGAGCCUUUGGGCCGAUUUUCUUUUUCCAAAUUCUCUAGCAAAUAAUCUGGUGAGGGGGAAGCAGCAUCCCUUGACCAGUGUGCACUGUUGGGACCAACGCCUUAAUUGAAGAAUUCAAAGAAAGCCAUAAGAGAGAAUAUUUUUGGCAUUCCUCUAAUUUUUUUUUCUUUUGAGUGAGGGGGAUGGGGUUUAAUUUUAAUUUUAAAAUUUUUAGGAAAUUUAUAC